AGCGAACUUAGAGUUCUUAUUACACUAAGAGCAUUAAGCGCUUGUAUCCCGGGUUGAUUCUCUUCAUCUGAAUCCAAUAUUAUCUACAAUGCCUCCGUCAGGUCUUGCUAUUCUCAUUGGGGCCGGGCCCAACACCGGCACUGGAAUCGCUCGGAUCCUCUCUCAUCCAUCCCACGGGAACCUUGCCGUUGCCCUUCUUGCCCGCCGACCGGAAGCCCUCAACGACGUCGUGUCCACGGUCCGGAAAGCAAGCCCAAAUGCCGUCCUCGAGACCUUCCCAACGGACACAUCGAAAGCGUCGCUUGAGAAGGCAUUCAGAGAUAUAAAGGCGCAUCAGAGCUUCAAAGACCUGAAACUGCAUAUGGCCAUAUACAGCAUCAAGCACUCGUCUAAGAAGCCUUUUUUGGAGGAAACAUAUGAGGAGUUUACCGACUCCCUGGAAACAUACGUCGGUGGAGCGUUUACCUUUGCACAGGAGUCGCUGAAGCGAUUCUUUGCGGACCACGGCGAGACUCCGUUGUCUGAGGGAGCUCCAAAGAAAGGCACUCUCAUCUUCACCGGCACCCUUGGAGCCCUACGUUGCAGCGCGCAAUUUGCGGCAUAUGGAGCUGGCCGCGCCUCUGUUCGCCAACUGGCACAAACACUGGCACGUGAAAUGAGCGAGAAUGGCGUCCACGUGGUACAUACGAUUGCAAAUGGCGCCAUUGUGGAUGCUGAUGGAGAAGACCAGAAGACGGGUAAGAAAAUGAGCGCCGAUGCCGUGGGCGAGACGUACUUAUGGCUCCAUCACCAAAAGCCGUGUCUUUGGACACACGAACUUGACAUGCGACCCGCCUGCGAGAAGUUCUAGAAGGAAUGCAUGUUAACAAAAUCUUUGAAAUCUGACCCAC